UACGUGUUCGCAUAUCCACACUUGCUCCACCACCUUGGUCUAUUUUCUACUUCUCUAAACGCAACAUGGCCCUCGCGAUGAAGGCUCAGGCUUCCAGCCUGGUGGCUGGCCAGCGCCGCGCUGUGCGCCCCGCUUCGGGCCGUCGCGCUGUGAUCACUCGCGCUGCUCUGGAGCUGAAGUCUCCCCCCUACGCUCUGGAUGCUCUGGAGCCCCACAUGAGCAAGCAGACCCUGGAGUUCCACUGGGGCAAGCACCACCGCGCCUACGUGGAUAACAUGAACAAGCAGGUCGCUGGCACUCCCCUGGACGGCAAGUCGCUGGAGGAGAUCGUCCUGGCCAGCUGGAACAAUGGCCAGCCCACCCCGGUGUUCAACAACGCCGCUCAGGUCUGGAACCACACUUUCUUCUGGGAGAGCAUGAAGCCCAACGGUGGCGGUGCCCCCACCGGCGCGCUGGCUGAGGCCAUCACCCGCGACUUCGGCAGCCUGGACAAGUUCAAGGAGGAGUUCAAGCAGGCUGGCAUGACCCAGUUCGGCUCUGGCUGGGCCUGGCUGAACGCCGACAAGACCGGCAAGCUGUCGAUCAGCAAGUCGCCCAACGCCGUGAACCCCGUGGUGGAGGGCAAGACCCCCAUCCUGACUGUCGAUGUGUGGGAGCACGCCUACUACAUUGACGUGCAGAACCGCCGCCCCGACUACAUCACCACCUUCAUGGAGAAGCUGAUCAACUGGGACGCCGUUGCUCAGCGCUACGCCGCUGCCACCAAGUAAUUGGUCACAAGCAUGUCGGCGCCAGGCGACCGUGAUAGCCUGGUUUCGCGCGGCGACUCGGUGUCGGAUUGACAUAUGGCAAAGUGAUAUGUGCGGGGUUGUUGAUUGCCUAAGAUGCAAGGGUAUUUGCUAGGGGUUGUUGGCGGUUGGUGCACGGUUGAACGCGCACACGGUUCUUUGACCACUCCCCCAGAUCAUGCACUGCUUCCAAUUUUGUCGUUUCCUGGCGAGUGCGCAUGGCCUAGUGUCAGUGCCCUUGCUGAUUAGUUACUUUUUGACAGGUUCUAGGCAAGGCCCGGUAGUGGUUCAGUCGUGGGGAAGCAGCGUGCACGCACGGCAGGGCAUUACUGGUGCCGAGAUGCUUCGGGACACUUGCAGCUGAUACGUAAGGGAUUGUGACCGAAGCAAGGUCUGAAGUUGCGAUGUAAGGAUUACGGUGU